AUAAAACUUAAAUAUCAAAAUCUGGAGGCACUUGAAGGCUACAUCGAAGAGUGCUACGACCGUCUAAGACGCCAACGUCUAAAAGAAGCCGCCCGGAGGACUCACCUGGCCAUGUGUCACCACCCGGUACAAACUUCACCGACAUCCUGGAUUCCAUCGACAAGAGGCUGACUUGUUUGGAUGGCCGCCUCGCACUUGUUGAGGUGCUCCACAAGGAAUUCCAAGCCAUCCGUGAGAGUUUGGAAUUCGGACAACAGCAGGUCAUGUCUCUCGCCAAGGAGAACGCCGCUCUUCGUGAGACUGUUAAAUCCCUCACCGACGGAGUGACGCAACUCAACCGGGACAACAGGAGCAUGAAGGAGACGAUGCUAGACCUCCAGGCGAGAAGCAUGAGGGACAAUCUGGUCUUCGCGGGGAUACCGGAAAAGACCGAGGAAGAUCCAGAGGAAACCAUCAAGUCCUUCAUGGAACAUCAGCUCAAGCUCCCAGCAGACACCAUCAGGAACAUCACCUUCCAUCGCGUCCACCGGCUUGGAGCCAAAAAGCCGGAGAACAGGAGGCCGAGACCCAUCAUAGCCAAAUUGGAACACUUCAAGCAGAAGGAGCGAGUGAGGAACCAGGGUAGAGAGCUGAAAGGAUCCAACUUCAGCAUCAACGACCAGUUUCCUAAGGAAAUUCUCGACCGGCGACGCCAUUUGUUUCCGCUUCGCAAGAAGUUUAUCACCGAAGGACGCCGUGCAGUCAUCGCGGUGGAUAAACUUUUCCUCAACGGCCAACUUUACCGUGAUCCGGAAGCCACGCCGUGGCUGUAUUAUUAGCGUCUGAAACACGACAACCUGUGGCACUGCGACUGCGCCCUCCACUGGUUGCGGAGCUGGAUCGACGAGGAAGGCCAGCGGCUGCUCAGCACGGCCGAACGUCGCAUGGCGUGCUCCGAGCCGCCACAUCUGUCCCACCUGAGCCUGGUGGAGGUGCCGCUCAACAGCCUGGUCUGCAUCCCCCCGCUGGUGCAGCUGGAUCCCAAGCGGCUGGCCGUGCAUCUGGGCGAGAGCCUGCGGGUGUCCUGCCACGCCUCCGGCUACCCACGGCCACAGGUGACGUGGAGGAAGGCGUCCCAGAGAAAGGUGGCGCCGUCUCCCAGAGGUCUGGUGCAAGAGCUGGGGGGCGGAGCCAGAAGCACGGGCAGAGCCGAGGAGCCCUCAGAGGGGAGCCGAGCGAGCGUGCAGAAAAGCGACGGCGAGCACUUUGACCCUGACACGGGCAGCGGCAUGCUGUUCCUGAGCAACGUCACCGUGGCCCACGCCGGCUUCUACGAGUGCGAGGCGUGGAACGCAGGGGGCGUGGCCAGGGUGACCUUCCAGCUGGCUAUCAACUCGUCCUCUUCCUCCUCCUCCAUCUGGGCCACCUGGUCGCAGGUGACCCCUCCCGACUCACCCAACUGGCCCCGCCUGAGGAGCCCCGGCCCCGCCUCCGACGGCCAUUGCGGCGGGCAUCUCGCUGCUGGCUCUGACGGCGCUGCUGCUGGUGGCCAUGAUCUACAGCCGCCAUCAGCAAGGAGACAAGGAGGCUGACAGCGCUGACCAGGAGGAGAGCAUCCUGUACGUCAACGACUACUCGGACUGCCCGACCACGUUCGCCCAGCUGGAGGAGUACCGCGACGA